AUGUCGCUCUCCAAAGUCUCCAAAGUCUCCCUCACUCUCCAAGAGAAGCUGGACUUCUUCCCGGCCCUGGCAUCCAUCUUGCUAGCUGGGUUCUAUGCGCUCCUCACAGGGCUCUGGCGCACAGAGCGCCAAGCUAAGACGCUGUUCCUGCAUCUGGGAUACGCAGUAUUCCGCAAAGCGACUGCACGGUUGACACCGACUCAGCUGCAAUACGUGUCACCGCCAUCCCACAAGAUCUAUGAAAUCUAUACAAAGAAGACCGGGGCAUUGCCUCAAUCAGUGGAAUUAGGCAAUGGCGCAUUGGGCCAUUGGGUCGGCGAUCGCAAUGCCGAUAAUAUCCUGGUCUGGUAUCACGGUGGUGGUUUCGGACUCCCCGCCAGCAUGGGCCACUUCAAGUUCUAUGCGCAAUUGAUCGCCGACCUCAAAGCCCGCGGCAAAAGUGUCGCCGUCUUCAGUUUGACCUACACUCUCUCCCCGAUAGCAACAUACCCAACCCAAUUGCGCCAGGCAGUAGAAUGCCUUCGCCACGUCCUCGCCCAGCCAAACCGCUCCCCAUCAACAGUCUUCAUGGGCGGAGACUCCGCAGGCGGAAACCUGGUCGGCGGCGUCCUCUCCCACCUAGCGCACCCACACCCAGAAAUCAAGCCGGUCGAGCUAUCCAGCAACCUAGGCGGCGCAGUCCUAGUCGCGCCAUGGACGCUCCUUGAUACGGAAUUCCCGGACCAAGAAAUCUACCACGGCGGCGAUCUAAUCACGCAAGCAGUCGCACAUCCAUGGUCAAGCGCCUACCUCGGCAAGGCAACGCGCGAUUACUACACCGAUCUAUCGACCGCGCCGGUAGACUGGUAUUCCACCUUCCCGGUGGAAUCGGUGUUAAUCACUGGCGGAGGAAAUGAGAUUAUGCUUCCGAUUAUCCAGGACUUUGCGGCCAAGUUCAAGGAAGGCUUUGGGAAGGUGGAGUUGUUUAUUGGACAUCGUGAGUGUCAUGUGGCGCCGGUUUAUAAUUUGGAGUUGGGAUCCAAGGAGAAGACUGAGCAGGGAAAGAAGGUUGAGGCGUUUUUUACUGAAUUGAUGGUUUAA